CUUGCAUGUGCAUGAGACGGUGAGGGACCGGGCGCUCUACAUUCCUGAUAUCCGUUGUCCUAGACAUCACUUAGAAUUGCCAAUCAUUCUUCUAUACAACUACUAUUCAUAUACCAUAUAUCAUAUCGAAUUAGCUAUAUAAGAAACAUCAAGUUAUACAUCAUGAAUGUUGACUGGCUUCUUGACAGUGGAUACGUCCCGCACGGCGUGAUCCGGAUUGGCAUCCGGCGCCAGUUGGCGCAGCGGCUCACCGAGAUCAAGACGUCGACGCUGACGGCGGAGUACGAGCGCAAGAUGAAGUACAUCGAGCUGCUGCGCAACCGUCCCAUCGCCAUCGAGACCGCCACUGCCAACACUCAGCAUUACGAGGUUGGCACGGGGGUCUUGGUGGGGAUGCUAGGCCCGCGCAUGAAGUACUCCAGCUGUCUGUACCCUAAGGGCAACGAGACGCUCGCGCAGGCUGAGAUCGCCAUGCUGGACUUGUACAUCGAGAGGGCGAAGCUCCGCAAUGGAAUAAGCAUCCUGGAUUUGGGGUGCGGCUGGGGCUCCGGCGCCUUGUACUUCGCGGAGAAGUUCCCCAAGUCCAAGAUCACCGCGUUCUCGAAUUCGAGGACGCAGAAGGAGUACAUCGACUCCAAGGCGAAAGAGAAGGGCUUGUCGAAUCUUACCGUCAUCACGGGUAAUGUCGUGGACUACGAGUUUAAGAAGCAGGCCUUUGAUCGAGUAAUCUCAAUAGAGCUAUUUGAACAUAUGAAGAACUAUGAGCAGCUAAUGGCUAAGAUUUCAAGAGCCCUGAAGCCCGGGGGCAAGUUGUUCGUGCACAUCUUUGCGCAUAGAUCCACCCCCUAUGACUUCGAAGAAGGAUGGAUGACGGAGAACUUCUUUACCGGAGGCACCAUGCCUUCGGCAGAUCUACUACUAUAUUUCCAGAAAGACCUCCAGAUUAAGAAGCAGUGGUGGGUCAAUGGAACCAACUACUCAAAGACAUGUGAGCAUUGGCUUGAAAAUAUGAUGGCGAACUCGAAGGAGAUUCAGCCGCAUCUAGUGGAGACGUAUGGCGAGAAUGCAAACAUGUGGUAUAACAGGUGGAAGAUCUUCUAUAUGGCUUGCUCGGAAUUGUUCGCUUAUGAGGGAGGUGACACUUGGGGAGUUGCCCAAUAUCUGUUUGAGAAGCCGAAAUAGACGCAAUAGCGAUACCGUAGCACACGAAUAUAAUGUAUAGACCAUUUGACUAAUUUUGUUCUCUUUUCUCUCAUUGUGCUAAUCUCCUGUCGGUUCGCGAUUAUUGCGUAUGUACAUCUCGAGUUCUCAAUCGAGCCACCUCAAGUCGUGGUUAUAAGCCAGCCAUUGUGUUUCAUAUUUGUUCUUUCUUCGCACUCGUCAAGUCUUUCGUCUAGUGGUCCCACGGAUGCUUCCAGCCCAUCAGGACGGCGCCAUCUUUCUUCGCUCGAUACAUUAAGAAAAACCACAUGCUUGCGCCGAGAGCGGUCGCAGUGUAUCUGUAUGCGCGAGGGGCCCGCCAGCUGGAUGUUGGCGGGAUCAUAUGGACAGGCCUACGACGAGGCGGGCCAUGAGGUUCACCGGACAUCGUGACUAGAAUUGGUAGCCCGCUCUUUAAAUGAGUAUCGUUGUAGACUGAGAAACGGGUUUAUAUGACCCGGAGCGAUGUCGUGAAUCGUGAUGGGUUAAUUAGAAAGUCAUGUACAGUAC